AUGGACGCCUUUCUCCGUCGUUGGGAUCGCCGACUGGACGACCCCCACAGCGACAAGAGGCAGCUCUACGACCAGAUCCACGCCAGUGACCACUCUUCGGCCGUGUUGUGGCGUUUGGCGCGAGUUUCGUUGCUCUUCGCGGACGCGUUCGAGAAACGCGGCCAAAGAGAGGACUGCGAGCGCGCGGUGAAGGAAGCGGUGGACUUCGGGUCGCGUGCCGUCCAAUUGUCGCCCGAAUCCCUGGAUUGCAACAAAUGGUAUUGUGCGGCCGUCGGACGCUUCGCCGCCUUCGUGUCCGUCAAAGAGCGGAUCCGUUUCGGACAUGUGUUCCAAAAACACGCGCGAAUCGCACUCGACGUCGACCCCAACGACCGCGUCAUGAACCACUUGUACGGCCGCUGGUGUUAUCACGUGUCCGCUCUGUCCUUCUUCGAGCGCAGAAUCGCCGCCGCAUUCAUCGCCAAACCGCCCGAGUCUUCGUAUUCGCAGGCGUUGGAAGCGCUGCUGCGCGCGAACUCUUCGCACGACUGGAUCGCAAACCACCUGUGGAUCAGCAAAGCGCUGAUUGCGGACAAACGGCCGCAAGAGAGCGCGCAAUACGUGAAGCGCGGGCUGGAGCUGAAGCCGCGCACCGAGGAGGACGAGCUCUCGCGCAAAGAACUGCUGUUUCUGCGCGAAAAACUCGCUUUUGAUUGA